AACGAAACCGAACCCGCUUCUUCCCAGUUGUACUUCUAGCCCAAGGGCGGGGAACGCUCAUCGCAAGUUCAUAGUCACUUCGCCAGACUUUGUGCAAGUCCUCUCUGUAGCAUAUCUUACUGCAACCCAGUAAUCCAAUACUAAUCGCCUCCCAGUCGCUCACUCUAACAACGAUAAGGCCACCGAUAACGACAGGAACAGCAUCCCCACCCCCGAACGCGACCCCCCAGCGCAUGGACGGCCCUGAUAACUUGGCCAAUCAGCGCUCUCAGAACAACCCUGCCACGAGCUCCGCGGGACCUGCUCCCGGCGUCGAGCGUAGACCGAACCACCGCACGCGAACGAAGCGGCCGAAUCGCAACGCUGGUGGGAAUGGUGGUGGGAAUGGGAAUGGGAAUGGGAAUGGGAAUGGGAAUGGGAAUG